AUGUCUACCACUACUACUACUACUACAACCCCCGGCCUCUUCUUCGUCAGCUCCCGCAUCACCCAUCCCCAACUAUCCGAGGCCACCUUUCACGAAUGGUAUAAUCAAAGACAUAUUCCCGACAUUUUUCAGACCAGUGGAUUUGAAGAAGCGUAUCGGUGGAAAAUCAUGAAAGAUACUAGAAGAAGAGGAAGAGGAAGGGGAUCAAGAAGAGAAGAAGAGGAUGGAAAAGGGGAAAGACCGUUUUUGAAUACAUAUCCGUUGCGGGAUGUGGAGUUUCUGGGGUCGGAGGAGUUUAAGACAAUAUCCGUCUUCGAUGAAAAAUUCCCCGGAUCCGGUCUGGUAUUCGACUCCUUGAGUCUAGACAUCAGAUGUUACAAAACUGUACAAGUUUUCGAACGGGAGGCCUCGAAUUCUAGUCCAAGCCAAGCCACCUAUAUACUCAUAAUCGGAACCACGUCCCCAACCAACCCACCAGAAACCCCCUCCCUCAACGAUUAUGAACAACAACAACAACAACAACACGACAACCUCAUUUCCAAAAUCCUCUCAUCAUCGCAAAACAACAACAAGAAAAAUCACAACAGUCCAACUUCUUCUUCUUCUUCUUCCUCCUCCUGGCUAAGAACAGAACAUUACAAACUAACCACAGCGAAACAAGAAGAUUUACAAUACGUAGAAAAUACAAGUCCUCGAAAUGAAGAGUUGAGAGAAAAAGGGAUUUCGCAGAAUUUGUCAAUUUAUUAUUUCGAUGGAGAGGAAUUUCCGGGAGGGGUGGUGGUGGAAGAAGAUGAAGAAGAAGAAGAAGAUUUUUGGGAGGUAAAGUAG